AGCCUUAAAUGUUUUUCGUAAAUAGGGGUGGUUUAACAGCACGCGUUUUGUUUACCAUUUAAUAACUGGAGGAAGUGAAGUUAAAAGUUGUGAGGUACUGGAACGGAGAAAAGGAGGACACUGAACAGGUUUUCAGAAUAUCAAUAACGUUAUGGCAAGAAUGUCGAAUCGGCAAGGAUGGAUCACACCUACUACAAAAAGAUCAGCACAAUCUGAAGCUGGCAGAUCUCAGUGCAUUGAAGAAGAGACGUUUUAUAGAAAUUGCAGAGCAGCUUACCUGACAGUGUUUGGUACCACUUUGGAGAAUAUAACUUCCAAGGAUCAACUCUGCCUGGCUCUCCAGCAAGCUGGAAGGAAUCCUUCCAGAAGGACACUUGGAAAGUACUGGACACAAUUUACGAAGACGUUAAAUUUUGAUGACUUUUGUGAGAUCUUGAAAAAAGAAGAACUAACAGAUAAGAAUGAAUUGAUGAAAGCUUUCAAAAAGAUUGAUUUAAAUAAUGAUGGUUAUAUUGUGCAGGAAGAACUUUAUAAAAUACUCACUACUAAAGGCGAGAAGAUGACACAUGAAGAAGUUAAAAUGAUUAUGGAUGAAACUGAUGUUAAUAAUGAUGGAAAAUUGGAUUAUAAUGAGUUUUGUAGAUUAUUUCUGACAACAAUUGAAACAAGUCAAAAGAAUGCAGUAGCAAGGUUAGAUGCUAAUGCAAAGAUGAAACAACAGCAAUUUGGAAACUUGACGUCACUUGAAUUUUCAUCCUUACCUUCAACAAAAUCACUGCAGGGAGCUUCUCAAGAUCAAGAAACUGAAACAAUUCCCAGAAAAGGUGAUGUUAGACUUUCAUCAAGACCCUCAACUGCCCAAAGUCGAAGGACAUCUGUUUCUUCUACAAUUAACAUGGGAGCUAUUACUACAAAGAGUCUUAAAUUAGCAGAGCCCAAAACAAUAAAGAAUUGGCAACAUGCUUGGUCAAAGGGAUGCUUUUUCCUUGAAGAUAAUGAUGGAAUUGUUAGUCAUCGUUAUAGACUGGAAUUACAUCAAACUACUAAUGUUUUUCUUACCAUCGGACCAUUAAACCUUGGCCAAACUGAAGAAAAAUUAUCGCCCUGGAUGAAUGUGGAUACAGGAUUAUAUGUUUUGAGGAAUGUUGGUGAUCCUGAAGCUCUGGAAGUUGUGUGUGUGACAGAAUUACGCGAAAAGGAGAGAUUUGGAUGGAAGGGAGAGCUUCAUUCAGGAGUUUAUCAGCUAAUCCCAUUCACUACUGGCUGCAGAUUAAGGAAGAGGAAUAAAUCAAUGAUCCGAGAGGCCAAAUUGGUCCACAGGGAAAAUGGUGACUUAAUGCUCACCAAGGAAUUCAGGGCUGCACUAUCAGACAUCUUUGAAGUUAUCGAUUUAGAUGGCAAUGGGCUUUUAAGCUUUGACGAAUAUAACUUCUUUGAGUUGAGAACCAGUGGAGAGAAAUGUGACAGUGAGGCCUGGGUUUUGUGUCAAGAAAACUUUGACACAAAGAAAAAUCAACUGACACGACAGGGUUUCAUGGAAUUGAACCUGAUGGAAGCCAAUGAUCGGGAAGGUGAUCCAAGAGAUCUCUGGAUUACACUUGAAUCAAUGGGUUACAACAGAGCACUGGAAAUGCAAGAGGCUUGUCCAUUUGUUGUUGAUAUCUAUGCAGAAGAUAGCAAAAUUAAGCUGACACCAAUCAGUCUGGAAGCAGAUGGAAGGCUCCUGAAUUUAGUUAUCUGCAAAAAUGUCAUAAGUAAAGGAGAAGCAAAAGCCAUGAAGGGUUACAAUGCAUUGGUGAUUUACACUUACAAGACUGAUACAAUAAUCACUUCAGUAAUUGAAAAUAAAUCUGAAAGCAAAGUGAUCAUUCAUGUGGACAACGAGAAAAGUAGGAACUGUGUCAGUAGUCGGGGUCUUAAUACUUUUGCAAUGGAAGUAUCACCAAAGGCAACUAUGAAUGCUCUACAGAUGGCUGGGCAAACGAAUACUUGUGUUAGUCAAAUCAAAUUCACAGCUGUUGUAAUAUACAGGUCUGCCAACAUGUGAUGCCUGUCGAUGAGAGGCGAGAAUGGAUUUACUGCUGCACAGAAAGCAUUGUGACUUGAAAUGCAAUGUAGGAAAGGAGCUGUAUUAUUGAGCUCCAUUAUUAAGCUGCAUUAUAACGCAUCUGGGUGACAAUGUUCCUUUGUGCAAAUUGUGCACGUUAAAUUGACACUACUUUGUGCUUUCUAAUGUAUUUUUAAUUGAUCUAAUUUAUUCGCUGGCUAAAUGUUUUGUAUAAUCAUGGUUCUAUGGAAUAUCCAUUUACUAGUCAAGGGAAAUUAUUGAUGUUGAUUUGUGAAGUCACGCUAUGCAAGAAAACUUCUUUUGAGAGUGGAUGGGGAAUAAUUUCAUAUGAUACAUUAUUUUCAUUAUAUGUGUUUGUAAGCACUACUUUAAUUACAACAGCACAAGAUUUUUAAAAUAUCAGUGCUUAGUAGCCUAAAAGCAUAGAUAUUGGAGCAUAUCUCGCAAGCAGAUGGUCUCCUGGCCAUCCAUCAAUCCAGUCCAUCUGCUUCUACUAAAAUGUGUUUUAUAGGGCUUUUGGCCAGGCUACCAGAUGCAGUAUCUUGUGUUUGAGUGGCAUUUGCCGUACCAAAACUGAAGCUGAUAUUCCAUUAUGCCACACGACAUGGUUCCCUUGAAGAUGCAAGUGGUCAAGGCAAACAGAGUUUUAAAUAAAACCAUUUAAACAAGUGUAUGGAUAGGAAAAGUUUAGAGGGAUAUGGGCCAAACACAGGCAAAUGGGACUUGGCAUCUUGGUCAACAUGGAUGAGUAGAGCUGAAAGGCCUUUAUCUGUGCUGUAUGACUCAAUGACUUAAAUAGUUAUGGUAUGAAAUUUUGAGACUAUUGGAAUGUUACAAUACCUCAGCUAGUAGAGCUGCUGCUUCCCAACAUGAGAUCCAGGCCCAAUCCUGACUUCUAUGUGGAGUUUACCCUUUCUCCCUGUGACUACAUGGGUAUAAAUUGCCCCUAAAAUGUAGGUGAAUGGUAAAAUCUGAGGGAGUCGAUAGGAAUGUUGGAAGAUUAAAAUGGGAUUAAUAUAAGUGGAUGGUUGAUGGUCAGUGUCAACUUGGUGGGCCAAAGGACCUGUUUCCAUACGGUACCGUUCUAUGACCCUGGCUAUAACACCUAGCUAGUGUGCUUUUUAAUGUGAGAGGAAAGAGAGCUGAAGGUGCAAGUAACAGUGUAAUAGAUGUUGGACUUUAAAAGGCACAAUGAACAGUAGUGUGGAGAGAUUAAAGAAACUGGAACUAAAGUGUGCAUAUGAUAAAAUCAGCACCAUCUUACAUUACUAAAUUAACGACACAGAAUUCUGGUUCUUAAUCUGUACAAAAGAACUGAUGUAAUUUUAGAUGUGACAUAAUAUCGACUGACCAGUGCAAAAAACAUUUAUGGAAAUAUCUUUUUUGGAGUAGUAUUAAUGACUUAUCGCUUUCUCUUCAACAUAACAGGCUCUGGUUACUAUCUCCCUUUAUAACAUAAAGUCCUGGUUCCCACGUUCCUCUUAAACUCACUAGGGCUAGGUUUCCAUGUUCCCUUUAUUGAAUUGCCAGCAGCAAAGUCCAAUGGGUGUUGGAUUGUUAGAGUUUUACAUCAUUGCAAUUGGGCUUUCUCAGAAGGAUUUCAUUUACAAGUACAAUUUGGUUUAACUGCCAGAGUCUUGCUCCCCAGGCAGCCUCCUGAUUAUUAGACAGUUUGUGUAACAAGGAUAAAAAAUUUAGAAAAUUUCCUCGGACAUUGGCUAACUGCAACUUAACCAUAUGUAAAUUGGCUGUGUCUGUCUAAGAGACCACCUGGCUGGUAUGAGUGGUGCAAAAGUAUCAGACUGACCAAGUAACAGACACCUUUGCAAGGCUGCAUGAAAACACCUAAUCUUGUCAUAGUUAAGUCUAGUGUAUGCGAUACUGAGACACGUCCUUUAAGACAGAAUCUGCUCCCAAUGCCUAAUUCUAAUGGAGCGGGAGGAGAAGAUGGUGGCACGCCUGCGUGUGCACAGCCCUCCAGUGAAAAAUGAUAUUGUAUCUGUUAAAGAGGGGCCGUGGACAAUUCUGAUUUGAUGAAGAAUGGAAGUGAAAGCACAGAGGAACAUCUGGAGAAAUUUCUGAAACGCCCGUUCACUGCUGUCGUUACUGUGUUGUCGGGAAUCUUUCAAAGGGUAGGCCUCAAAAUCCCUGGCCUUGCCUGCUUUUGGCGACCAAGAAGGAGGUCGAAUUGUUUGGACAGAUUCGAGUGUCGGAGAGCUGAUCAGAGCGCGAUGUUUUCGGAAAUUAUGUGGUUUUGUCAGUUUUUUCAGUCUUGGUUUGUCCUGUGUUUUGUGAUAUCACACCGGAGGAAAUAAUGUAUCAUUUCUUAAUGCAUGCAUUACUAAAUGACAAUAAGAGAGGACUACGUGUCUUCAUAAUCAUCAUAAUGUCCUUCAUCUUGCUAAACAAAAGUACACAUAUCAGACAAAUUCUACAUCACAUGCUUUAUUUUUAACAUACCAGAAAUUUAGCUAUUGGAUAUUGUGGCAAUUUUUAUUCUAUUUUCAAAAAUAACAUUGGUUUUGGUAUUUUUUAUAUUAGUGGAAAAAAUCAAUUUACACUCAACACUAAAUACUCAAGGUAAUCUCACCCAACUUUUUACCCAUUUCAUUCACUUUUUCUGUUGCUCUGGAGGAUCAAUGUUGUAUACCAUCUGUGAACACAUUGUAAUUCAUGAAUAAAGCUUUUUCCAAAAUCUGUGAUUCAUUGAGGUUUUGGUGUGUUUUGGCAGAGACUUCUCUGUUUACUGACUACUUUCUGUGUCUGUUAAUUGUACUGUUGAAAAUAACAUGAAGUUGGCAUGUUUCUUACGAAUUGCAUUUCGGCCUCUCAAAUAAUUCUCUGGCACUUUCCAAUCUUUUCUGCUACUUGGAGCAAUCUUUUAAAAACUUGCCAACCUAUUUAUGCACCAUAUCUCGUUUAUUACUAGUAUUCCAUCAUAUUUCUUGCCCCAAUCUCUGUAUUCUGGGUGACUUCAUACUACACCUCAGCUCCCUGUAAUCUUUGACUUCACCAGCUACUAUUCUACCUCAAAAUCACCCAUUCUGUAAAUUCUGCAAUCUGUAUCCCUGCUCAAAUUCAUUAUCUGCCCGCCCAUCUCUGCAUUAGCCUGGAAUCAGUGGUGGGGAAGAUGCUGGAGUCAAUUAUAAAAGAUGAAAUAGCAGCACAUUUAGAUAGCAGUAACAGGAUUGGUCCGAGUCGGCAUGGAUUUAUGAAGGGGAAAUCAUGCUCGAAUAAUCUUCUGGAUUUUUUUUGAGGAUGUAACUAUGAAGAUGGACAAGGGAGAGCCAGUGGAUGUAGUGUAUCUGGACUUUCAGAAAGCCUUUGAUAAGGUCCCACAUAGGAGAUUAGUGGGCAAAAUUAGAACACAUGGUAUUUGGGGGUAGGGUACUGACACGGAUAGAAAAUUGGUUGACAGACAGGAACCAAAGAGUAGGGAUUAACAGGUCCCCUUCAGAAUGGCAGGCAGUGACGAGUGGGGUACUGCAAGGCUUGGUGCUGGGACCGCAGCUAUUUGCAAUAUACAUUAAUGAUUUAGAUGAAGGGAUUAAAAGUAACAUUAGCAAAUUUGCAGAUGACAUAAAGCUGGGUGGCAGUGUGAAAUAUGAGGAGAAUGUUAUGAGAAUGCAGGGUAACUUGGACAGGUUGGGUGAGUGGGCAGAUGCAGUUUAAUGUGGAUAAAUGUGAGGUUAUCCACUAUGGUGGCAAGAACAGGAAGGCAGAUUACUAUCUGAAUGGUGUCAAGUUAGGAAAAGGUGAAGUAAAAUGAGAUCUAGGUGUCCUUGUUCAUCAGUCACUGAAAGUAAGCAUGCAGGUACAGCAGGCAGUGGAGAUAGCUAAUGGCAUGUUGGCCUUCAUAACAAGGGGAGUUGAGUAUAAGAGCAAAGAGGUCCUUCUGCAGUUGUACAGGGCCCUGCUGAGACCACACCUGAAGUAGUGUGUGCAGUUUUGGUCUCCAAAUUUGAGGAAGGACAUUCUUGCUAUUGAGGGAGUGCAGCGUAGAUUCACACGGUUAAUUCCCGGGAUGGUGGGACUGUCAUAUGUUGAAAGAUUGCAGCGACUGGGCUUGCAUACACUGGAAUUUAGAAGGAUGAGAGGGGAUCUGACUGAAACAUAUAAGAUUAUUACGGGUUUGGACACGCUAAAAGCAGGAAACAUGUUCCAGAUGUUGGGGGAGUCCAGAACCAGAGGCCACAGUUGAAGCAUAAGUGGUAGGCCUUUUAGAAUGGAGUUGAGGAAAAACUUUUUCACCCAGAGAGUUGUGGAUCUGUGGAAUACUCUGCCUCAGAAGGCAGUGGAGGCCAAUUCUCUGGAUGCUUUCAAGAAAGAGUUAGAUUAGAUUAUGAGAACGCUCAGUCCUCUUUUAUUAUCAUUUAGAAAUGCAUACGUGCAUUAAGAAAUGAUACAAUGUUUCUCCGGCGUGAUAUCACAGAAAACAAGACAGACCAAAGACUAACACUGACAAAACCACAUAAUUAUACCAUAUAGUUACAGCAGUGCAAAGUAAUGCCAUAAUUUGAUGAAGAACAGUCCAUAAGCAUAGUAAAAAAAAUAGUCUCAAAGUCCCGAGUAGAUCGGCUCCCGAGUCCCCGAUAGCGGCGGCAAAAGGGAGAAACUCCCUGCCAUAAACCUCCAGGCACCAUCACCUUGCCGAUACCUUGAAAGCAGCGGACUCUGAGUCCAUCCAUCUGAAAACUCCGAGCUUCCGAGCAGCCUCUCCGAUACAGCGUCCUGAGCGCCAUCCUCUGCCGACCGCCUUUGACCUCUCCCCGGCCGCUGAAACACGCAAAGCCGAGGAUUUUGAGGCCUUCAGAUCCAGAGAUUCCGGUUACCACACAGUAGCAGCGGUAGCAAAGCAGACAUUUCAGCAAUUUUCCAGAUGUUCCACUAUGUACUCACGUCCGUCUCCAUCAAAUCAGGAUUGUGCACGAUCCCCUACUUGACAGAUAACAGAUAUUCAUCACCGGAGAGGCUGCGCGUGCUGUCAUUAGAUAGAGCUCUUAAAGAUAGUGGAGUCAAGGGAUAUGGGGAGAAGGCAGGAAAGUUUGUGGAUGAUCAGCCAUGAUCACAGUGAAUGGCGGUGCUGGCUCCAAGGGCCGAAUAGCCUACUCCUGGACCUAUUGUCUAUUAUGUGUAGUUUCAUCCUCUGACCACAUUAUAUUUUUAUUUUAAUCACUAUUUGAGUUUUGACUUUUUUUUUGUCUGAAGGAAAAGGAAUUGUGAACAAUGCCAAAGAAAUAGUAAAAGUCUGUCCUUUGUGCUUGUGCUGCACUCAAUCAGAUCAAG